AUGAAGCUUUCGCUUACUUUUAUUUCUUUGAUUGUCAUCGUAGACCAGACAUUGGGUUUCUCACCCGGUCUGCUGUCUGCUGGACGCCGCAUCACCCAGCUCCUCUCGACCACGACAUCAUUCUCGACCACAACAGCCUUGGAAGGCGACCUUAAUACACAAUCUUUGCUUGCAGAUUCAACUUUUUCGAUCAAACCAGACGACCUCAUUGCGCGUGCCAAGCAAGUGUUAGGAAAGGAAAUCGGGUUGGGGCUGAAGGAUGGAGGAGAGUGUCUUGCGGAAAGUUUUGCGUUUUGUGCUCCCGUUGUCGGUCCAAUUGACCGUGAUGCCUUCAUCCAGGCGCUUACUUCGUUUGAUCUGGAAACUGCUUUUGAUUUGGAACAGCAGUACUUUGGUUGGAACGUAGAUCCGUUGCAGCCCAACCGUGUGUGGUAUUUCAACCGGCAAAAGGCUACGCACGUUAAUACUUUUCAGGGCGUCGAAGCGACGGGCAAGAAACUCGAGCUUCCACCCCAAUGUUACCACAUGGACUUUGAAGAGAGCGGAAAGGUGACCGAGUUUGGAUUCUAUACGGUUGAUCGGCAGCAAGGCAACACCGGUGGUCUGGGCGGAGCAUUCGCCUUUUUUUACGGCGUCGGCAAGCCUCUGCCGUUCCCGGAAGGGCGUCCUUACCAAAUGUCCUGGCAGCGCAAGUUCUUUACGGCAUUUAUCAACGUUUUGCAGAAGUUCAAGAAGGACUAG